GCCCACGGUAAGUGGACUCUCGUGCCGUGGGGUGCGGUCCAGCGAGGGUUAAGGGGGCGGGGACGCGGGGCAGCCCCGCCUCUGCCGCUGGGUCCGAGAGCGCACUGGGCGUGGGCGUGGGCGUGGGGCGGGUUGGAGCCCGUGGCGGCUGAGGGCCCUGCGCGGGGCGGGCGCGGGAGCGGCUGGGGCGGCGCGGCCCGCGUGACCCUCCGCUGCUCCCCGUGCGCUCGCGAGCCCGCGCCCCGCAGCGCCGGCCCAGCCGCAGGAUGCGCGCUCCGCCGCUGCUGUUGCUGCUGGCCACCUGCGCGCCGCCCUCCGGCGCCGCUGUGGUCCCGACGCCGCCGGGCUGGGAGCCGGCUUCCGACGCGCCCUGGUGCCCCUACAAGGUGCUGUCCGAGGGCCCCGAGGCGGGCGGUGGGCGCCUAUGCUUUCGCAGCCCCGCUCGGGGCUUCCGCUGCCAGGCGCCGGGCUGCGUGACGCUGGUCUCGGCGGGUGGUUCUCUGCGCGCCCACGUCCUGCGCAACCGCAGCGUGUUGCUGCAGUGGCGACUGGCUCCGGCCGAGGCGCGCCGCGUGCGAGUCUUCGCGCUGAACUGCUCGUGGCGUGGCACCUACACACGCUUCCCGUGCGAUCGCGUGCUGUUGGGCGCCUCCUGCCGCGACUACCUGCUGCCCGACGUGCACGACAGCGUGCGCUAUCGCUUGUGCCUGCAGCCGCUGCGCGCCGAGCUUGCCGCCACCCAGCCAGAGCUCGCCGAGUGCGUGGAGUUCACCGCCGAACCGGCAGCUAUGCAGGAGAUCGUGGUGGCCAUGACGGCGGUGGGCGGCUCCAUCUGUGUCAUGCUGGUGGUCAUCUGCUUGCUGGUGGCCUACAUCACCGAGAACCUCAUGCACCCGACCUUCCGGCGACCCAGUCUGCGCAGGCAGUCCUGAAGCGCAAGGCGACCCGCCCAUCUGGGUUCCACCUGCCUAAAUGUGCUGAGACCCUAGGCCCUUUCCCUGCUUCCCUCUCAUUCUCUCUCCCUCUUUACGAUGCCCAUGGAGGGCCUAAUGGAGACUAGCCCAUGCAGGGACCUUGUCAUCAUCCACGACCUUGCCAGCCCCAGCUGGAUGUCUGCUUUCCAGACUCAGGCCUCAGACUGGCCAUGGGGCCCAGACUAGAGUGUCAGCCGCGUCCAGGGAUCUUCCCCAUCUCUAGAGUCCUUUUCGGGCCAGCCAGAAUAUACAGCCCCUCUGUCAAGAGCCACUCACUGGCACCCAGGAUCAUCAACCUGAACUUUCUUCCCGUGCCAGGUUGUCAGAGCUUGGUCGUGAUCGUUGCCUGGUCCCUUUGUGCUUCGCAGAGGGGGAGGAGUGACCUCUGGAUCCUGUACCCACCCCACCUUACCCAGUGGGCUUAGGUUAGCUUUGUGCCUUAGUUUCUCUGCCCCACUGCAGGAGCCACCCAUCAUCCCUCAGCUGUCCAUAGGGAAUUGUGGCUCUGAGACUGGCUGGCUUAUGCAUGCUUCUGGCCAGAGGCCCACUGAGGACACACCAGCUUCGAGAUUUUCAGGAGUCUGGGGCAGGGGUUCACAGGUCCUGUUUUGUCUUCCUAUAUGGGUGUCCGAGAAGCCAAGAGCCAUGAUGUAGCUCAGCAGACUGGGCCCAACGUCCAGCUGCUGCAUCCAGGGAGUGGAGAGCCUGAGAUCUGACCCCAGUGACGUUGCCCCUCCAUCUGAAUGGGCAGAGGUUGGCCGUGCCUACCUCCUGGCACACAAAGGCACCUGGCUGAGGUCACCCAGCCAUCUGAUGAUACUGGGCACUGGAAAGGGUAAGGUUCUGAGCACUGGACUUGACCCUGGCUAUUUUCCCUCCACUCGCACCCCAGCGACCACGAUGACCUGAGCCCUGGCUGGCAGCACUGUACCCUACCUCUCUGUCUUUGCUCUGCCUGCUCCCCAAGAGGCACUGGUCAGUUGCCAACAUCUAAAUGUCCAUCACUCUCAGACCAAAAACACUGUCUUGUGUGUUUAUUUGGGAUGUUGGAGGGAAGGUGAUGCGGGUAAGGGAAGGGCCUCUCGAGCAUCAGUCCAGUGGCUGGCCCUGAACCUUUCCCGGUGGGGAUGGGAUGGGGGUCAGCCCCAGGCAGUGUUCACUGAAAUGAUGACUUGACAGUUCUGGCAAAAGGACAGGUAGGGUGUCCAUAGCUUGUUUGUCCACCCCCAGACCUUGGGAAAGCAUCUCUUCCUAGGCCAGCCGUACUGGGCAUGGGGGCGGGGGAUGGGACUGGCAGUGGUUCGAAACAGCCUCAACAUACAGUGAUGAGCCAUUUGAACUGUGAGAAGCAGCAGGCAGGCAGCACUAGAAAGGGGUACCCUCUCCAGCAUGGGGCUACUGCGUGAGCCACUCACUCUUCACCUGGAAUGUCCUUGGGACUCUUGUGCUCCUGUGACCCCGAAGAAAGCAAAAGCACAGGCAGGAAUGAGCCAGCUCGGAUGAGUGACUCAUCUUGAGGG